AUGCAAAAACAAUCCAUUGGACAAACAAAUGACGAAUUUAAUAGUAAAUUUAUUCGUUUUCUACUACUCGCCGAUUAUUUUGCAGAACUCAAAAAAGGUUCGCGAAACUGGCUAUUACAUACACGUUAUGUACGUGGCGAGCAUGCGAUGUGCAUGGAAUUGGUAGACGUUUUACAAAAAGAAACUAACCAUACACACAGAUACGCAUAUUUCAUUAUGGGUGCAGUUUUAGCUGACGCAGGAAGACUUCAAGAAGCAGUGGACAAGUUUCACAGUUGUAUUCGACUGCAACCUCAAGAUCCAGAGCCGCUAAAACAAGUAGCUAAGUGCUUAUAUCGUCAGGGUCGUUUUCAACUAGCGUUAGAAGCUUACUUGGAAGCGGAUAAGUUGUCAAAGCAUCCAGAUCCAGAAAUAUAUUGCGCUCUAGCGGAAUGUGCAUGUCACGUUAUGGGGCCGGGUGGUUCGGGAGUGGAGUGGGCGCGAGCAGCGCAGGGCGCGGGCGGCGGGGAGCGAGCGGCGGCGCUACUGGCAAGACUGUUGCUGGCUGCCGGGGAUGUACCUAGCGCGUUAGCGGCGUACGAUCAUGCACUCGCAACACACGCAUGCGGUGCGGACACCUUAGCAGCGGCAGGAGCACUGAGCCUUCGUGCAGGAGAUCCACGUCGUGCUUUUCAACUAUUAGGCGAGGCUCUGUCGCAACAACCCACUCAACACGCUGCAGCGCUGGCACUGGCUGCAAUGUUGCUGCAGCACAAAGAUGUAGAUGCAGCGCUUGCGAGACUUAAAGCGGCUUUAAGCGCUCACCCUACAUGUGUUGCUGGCCAUUCUAAUCUGGGACUUGCGUUGCUUAUGAAAAAAAAAUUUGUAGCUGCGUUAACCUGCCUGUCACGCGCCGCGAACCUGGCGCCGCUGAGCGCGCGCGCGGCGCACAACCUGGGGCUGGCGCUGCUCGCGAGCCGGCGCGCCGCCUCCGCCUUCUGCCGCCUCGCCUGCGCCGCCGCGCUGCACCCCACUCGCUCGCACACCGUGCUACUUAUAGGAAUAGCUCUCGAACGUUUAGGAGAUGGCAGAGCUGACGCGGCAUACAACAGGGCCGUAGAACUGUCACCGACCGACCCAUUAGUCAGAUUGAACUUGGCAGGGAGACACGCUCGAGUGGGAAGAUUGGCUGAUGCAUUGAAGGAAACAAGGGUCGUUGCUCAAUUGUUAGAACAGGCUCCAGAUGCACAGCUCUCCAGCUCCCUCGCGACUUUAAUCAAUGCGCUAUCCCAAGCAGACCCAAAAUUGCAAGAUCAGUUUAGCGGAAACAAAGGAGAUGAGGACAAAGAAGACUUUCAAGGACCAGAAACUUUACAGCCGGAUGAAGUUUAG